AUGCAUAAGCUUUUCCCCAAGAGCGGCUUCUUCGACUUCGAGACCGUCCGUAUUCUCGGUACAACAGCCUAUGGCGGUGCGGACGUGGCUGAGGUCCUCGAGGCCGUGGGCCAGAUCAAGCCAGAUGACCCUAUCUCCUGGGAGACCGCUUGGCGCAGACAAGCCAGCAGGGCAUUGAAACUCGCUGAGGAAGCCCGUCAAAAUGGAGACCGUGACGCUGCUCUCCGUGGGUACCUGCGCGCCUCCAACUAUACUCGUGCUAGUGGUUACAUGUACGUGUCCACGCCCAACGAGGACGGUGAUCUAGUGCAGGACGUACGGGCGCUGCCCAUCGCCGAGAAAGUCGGUACCCUUUUCCGCACCGCCAUGCAGUUUAUGGAGGGCGAAACCCGUGUCUUGUCCAUUCCUUACCAGGACUACGUCUUGCCUGGAUAUUUGUAUCUGCCACCCAAGAGUAGACGAAUUCCGGGACGCAAGAUCCCUAUCCUUGUGAACACUGGAGGUGCCGACUCCUGCCAGGAGGAGUUGUUCUACCUAAACCCAGCCGCUGGUCCCGGGAUGGGCUAUGCCGUUUUGACCUUUGACGGCCCGGGUCAGGGCAUCAUGUUGAGGAAGUACGAGUUGGAGAUGCGCCCUGAUUGGGAAGUUGUCACUGGCUCCGUCAUCGAUUAUCUCGAAGCGUACAGUGCAGAGCACCCUGAGCUAGAUCUUGACCUAGGCUCUGUCGCCGUUUCUGGUGCGUCGAUGGGAGGUUACUAUGCUCUUCGAGCAGCCUCCGACGACAGGGUGAAGGCUUGUGUUUCGAUUGAUCCCUUCUACGACAUGUGGGAUUUCGGUACAGCGCAUGUAUCUAAGCUCUUCAUCUCGGCUUGGACCGGUGGAAUUAUCAGCUCCGGUUUUGUAGACAAACUCAUGGCUGUUUUGUCUCGCUUGUCGUUCCAGCUUAAAUGGGAAAUUUCAGUAUCUGGCACCUUUUUCGGGAUAUCAUCGCCAGCUGAAAUCCUCCUGAACAUGAAGAAAUACACGCUGCAUGGCAAUGGAGGAGAGACUAAGGAUAAGAGCUUUCUAGCCAAGGUGGAGUGUCCUGUUUUGCUUUCUGGUGCCGGCAAAUCGCUCUAUCUAGAUGUGGAUAGCCACACUAAGAGAUGUUAUGACGCUCUCACCUCCUUAAAUCCGAAGGAUAAGGUUAUUUGGGUGCCUGAAAGCGAGGGUCAGGGCAGUCUCCAGGCCAAGAUGGGUGCUUUUGCGUUGUGUAACCAAAAGACAUACAGGUUCUUGGAUCAGACCUUCGGGAUAAAGAGGGAGCCCCUCCAGGCCAAGCAGAAUUAG